UUCGAUUCGCAAAAAGAGUCGAUUUGUCGACGAAUUUCUGACUGUAUUCGAUAGAAAACGAUACCUGCGACAUGGCAGAAUGACAGUAUAGUAUUUUCACCGGGCUUGCUGUCAAGUGAUUGUUUAUUUCUCACGUUUAUCAACAAUGGAAGAAAAAUCUACAGGAGAGCCAAUACCCAUUUCCACACAGAAGUCCUUGGCUUCUUCGCAUGAUGCCGGAUGGAAUGAUCCUCCUAAGUGGGCUUAUUCACAGUCCCCAAAUUUGUCAACUACUCCAACAAAGAGAGUUUUAAACAAAAGAGUUGCUUUCCCUUUGGGAUCCACUCCACCAACUUCCAACUUUGACCCCUAUCAGUCAUUACCUCCUCCACCAGCCAACAUGCCUCCACCUCCACUUACUUCAGUGAAAUUAACCACUGCUCCUCAUCAGCCCUUUGGAACUCCAAGUUCAGGAAGUAUAGAGAAGAGUUCAAAUGAUCCCAUCAUAAAAAUCGACAAGGAUCAGGCAUUGAUAGACUCUUUAGAAAACUUUGAAGCUGUGAUUAAUGCAAAUGAGGAACUUAAGAACAAGGCAGAUGACAUUCGGCGCAGAUUGAAUCCAAUGAAAACCGCUUGGACAGAGGAUAAGCUGAAUGAAAGUAUACAGCAGAGAAUUCUCGAAUUAUCUAAUGCUCUGAGAAACAAAGAUGUACCAACUGCAGACAAGAUCCACGUAUCUCUGAUGGUUGAUCACGCUACGCUAUGCAGUCCUUGGAUUCCUGUAAUAAGGCACAUAAUUAUGGCUUCCCGAGAGCAACGUUUGCAACAAGCAAAUCCAACAGCAGAUGAAACCGUGUGUCCUUAUCUCCUUCCCACAGAGCCUUCUUCAACCCUAACCGAAUAAUUACUUCUAGGGAAUUCAGUUGAUUAUAAUAUGCAAAUAUGUAUGUAUAUACGGUGUAUAAAAAUAAUAACAAUAAUUGAGAGAUAUAAAUCCCAGUCCUCAGGAUAUUAGAGAAUCGAUGACUAACGAGCUUUUUACUCUUUCCGUACUUUAAAUCUUAAUAAAAAACCAGAAACUGUGAUUUUGUAGAACUGGAAGUAAAUUGUAAUUGAAUAUAAAUAAAGGAGCAGAAAUGAAUGAGA